AUGCUUCUCUUAGCGAUACUCCUUGCGAUAUCAGCAGCCCAUGCGAACACGGUAGGCCGAUGGAAUUGGCAUCGAGGAGGCGCCGCGAAGAACAAGACAGCUGUAACUAGUUCUCCAUUUGGGGGAGCCGCAUUGUCCCGUCUCACCACUGCUGAUGCUGACAUGAUUUCAAAUGAGCCACCCCAAUCACCCUACUUCUCGGACUGGAACCGUCUGGUGAGCGGAUACGGCUCACAGCGUUGCUACAAGAUCCCACGGGGGAUGAAGCUGUGUCACAAGAUUGGCUACGAUUUCAUGGUGCUACCGAACAGCCUGGAGCAUGAGACUCUGGACGAGGCAAUUACACAGUCGGAGGUGUGGUUGACUCUGGUCAACCUCGGCUGUCAUGAUGAGUUAAAGCGUUUCCUCUGCUCUCUUUAUGCUCCUGUCUGCAUUAACGGCUACCACGAGAAGUUGAUUCAACCUUGUCGGGAACUGUGCGAAAGUGUACGGGCCGCCUGUCUGCCUACUAUGACCACAUUCGGUCUCGGGUGGCCUGAUAUCGUCAAGUGUUCCAAAUUUCCCCAAUCUCCGCAAGAGUUAUGCAUACCACUCAACAAACAGAAAAUGAUUCGAGCCAAAGUGCUGGAUCUCAUGCCCACAACCCCUUCAAGUGGCCACAACUCAACUCACAGGAUCAGAACCACUGGCAGAGUGGGCACUUUUAAGCUACCCAAGACUAUUAAUUCUGUCGCGAAUUUGGUCUUCCAAAUGGAGUGUGACUGUCCAAUUAUCAAAGCAGCCUUAACGCGAGAAAAGGGACCAGGUCGGUGGCUCAUGAUGGGCAAACUGAAUGAAGACAAAAGAACAGUUACAAUUCAGCACCUAUCUCAACCCUCUAGACAGAAUACUGGGAUAAAGCGUGCCAUCAGGGAUAUUCGCCGUCGUCCGGACUCCCUUUGCAAAGUAGAUCUAAUGCAUCACAAUCCAAUAACACACACAAGGACUGCUGUUGGUCUGUCUCCUCUCAACUCAGUGCAGAGUUCACGCCCUCGAAACCGUCAAAUGCGUCGCAAUCGGCCGCAUCUGAGCCCUGAGGAGCGACGACGGCGGCGUCAAUUGCGACGUAGGCGCAAUCAUCCCCGGGGCUCACCAUCAGAAGUGCAACAAGGCGCCACUAACGUCACUCCUGCUAGCAAACCUCAGCAACCCAUUAACGACAUGCCGAUCCUCACACCGACCCCGCGACCUUACAACCACCACACCCAUCAGCAGCAGCAAGAGCGGAUGGGCUAUUUGCCACAAACCCACUGA